CGAAAAUCGUUGGUCAUCACUGCUAAGCACGAACACCAAGCGCGGCAUUUUCACGUCGAUCGUACAAGUAACGUUCGUCAAAAUAUUUUGUCGUGAGUUUUAACUCAUUUUCAAUCUUUCUAAGCAAUUCAAAGGUUAUCAUGAAGCUUGCAAGAUUUUUGAUGAAACUUAGUCACGAAACUGUGACAAUUGAAUUGAAAAAUGGAACACAAGUGCAUGGAACUAUUACUGGUGUUGACAUCUGCAUGAACACACAUUUAAAAUCGGUGAAAAUGACAGUAAAGAACCGAGAUCCCGUAAACCUGGACACUUUGAGUAUUCGUGGCAACAAUAUCCGUUAUUACAUCCUCCCAGACAGUCUUCCCCUUGAUACACUGCUAGUGGAUGAAGGACCAAAGCAACCUAAAGGAGGAUUUAGAGAUCGUGGAAGGGGUCGUGGUCGAGGACGUGGGCGUGGUCGUGGAGUUCGUGGGCGUGGCAGAGGCGGACCACCACGUCGAUUUUAAACCAGAAAAAUCAUUCACUCAUCUCUAUCUUACGUAUAUUACACUUGAAGUAGAAUGGAUAAUUUCAUUCAAUCUUUAGGUUUACGUUUAUGGAGAUGGACUUAUUUGGAUAUUUGAAAAUCGUGACUUUUAUUGAAUAAAACACCUGCUGCCGAGUUUUAUAAU